AUGGCUAUUUUAAAGCAAGAUCGUCGAGGCAAACGCGAGAACCAUGCUCAUCUUGAUCCUUUGGUAAAAGAUAGCAUAAGAAAACACUUAGAUUCUAUCCCGAAAGUUGAUAGUCAUUACUGUACAGCAGACACCAAGCGAACAUACAUUGAAGGCGGCAAGACUGUAGCUGAUUUACAUAGAGACUAUGUUGCUGAAUGUAAAAGUAAAGGUUUACCUUUUGGUAAUUAUCUAGCAUAUUACAAUAUAUUUUGUACCGAAUACAAUAUGGCAUUCUUCAAACCUAAAAAAGACCAAUGCGAAACCUGUACAAAUUAUACUAAUGCGACUGAAGAAGACAAACAAAUUAAGAAACAUGAUUAUGAACUUCACCUAAAGGAAAAACAACUAGCAAGGGAUCAAAGAGAUGAGGACAAAAACUACACUCCGGACAAUUGUAUAGUAUCCGUUUAUGAUCUACAAGCUGCAAUGUCUUUUCCUAAAGAUAUUGAUCAAGGAGUGCAAAAAUUUCCUGAUCAAGUAGCAUUUCCAAAAGCAUCCAGCCCUUGCAAAUUUUACUGUUUAAAGAAUAUUAUGUUGGUACCAAGAUCAGAAAAUCUACUACUAGUAAACAAUAAAACAGCCUAG